AUGAGCCUGAAAUAUAAUAUUCCGCAAUGCUACAUAAUCUUCUUUGCAGCUGUAAUUUUUUUAGUGGAUAAGGUCCACGCUGGAGAUGACAAGCCAACCGCUGCAAGGGAAGGAUACGAACAUGACGAGCUAAAAGAAUUUGUAGAUUUUUGCGAACGCCAGAUUGAACUCCGAAAUGAUCCUGAGAGCAUUAAAAGAGACUGUAAGCGAAUACACGAAAAAGAUUUCCGAGAUGACGAUCUGCGGAUGCUCUUUAGUUUGUUCGUCAUCAUUCUUUGGGGAGCGUUGACAAGGACGCUGUUACGGGUCCUCAAGCUGAACAUCCCUUACACCGUCGUGCUCAUGUUUUCUGGAAUAGUUGUGGGCGUAAUUGCUCGAUAUUAUUGUCCUACAUGGUACACUUUUACGGCUAUUGCAAGGAUAAAACCGGAAAUCAUCUUAUUUGCAUUCCUCCCUGUUUUGAUAUUCGAAACGGCGUUUGGAAUUUCGUCCCAUGUCUUUAUCAAAGCGAGCAUGCAGAUUCUCAUCUUGGCAUUUCCUGGAAUGCUUAUUGCUACUGCAUUAACUGCAAUGCUUUGCUAUCAAUUUUUCUCGGAGUACAAAUGGACAUUUUUACAAGCAUGUUUUUAUGGAUCAAUUAUAUCGGCUACAGAUCCAGUCGCAGUGGUCGGCAUACUGAAAGAAGUAGGAGUCUCGGAAUCUCUGAGCGUUAUUGUGGACGGAGAAUCGUUACUGAACGACGGGGUGGCAAUUUUGCUCUUUGAAAUAUUUCAAGAUCGUUUAAAGGAAGACGAGGAACUGUCAAGUGGUCAACUUGCUGGAAAUGUUAUAAUCAUGUUUCUCAGGAUUGCAGUUGGGGGUCCAAUCUUUGGAUAUAUUGCUGCCAAAAUUGCAAUUUUUUUUUUAAACAGGAUUGUAGAGAUUACCAUAACUCUGGUCUCUGCAUACCUUACAUAUUACAUUGCUGAAGAUGUCCUUGGAGUUUCCGGCGUUUGUGCUGUGGUGCUUCUGGGAAUUACCAUGUCGUCUGAGAAGACUUGCAUCAGUCCCGAUAUCUUGGAAGAGGUUCACGAAUUUUGGGAAAUGGCCGCCCAUUUGGCCAACACUGUGUUGUUUUUUGUUACCGGAAUUGUCAUCUCGGAGCGAGGUUCACGAGAUUUGACAGCAGUGGACGUGUACUACUUGAUCUUGUUUUAUUUUGCCUUAAACUUCAUAAGGUUUUUAAUGUUGAUCGUCUUGAGCCCGUUACUGAGUCGUUGUGGGUAUGGAAUUACCUGGCAAAAUUUGAUCGUCAUGAUGUGGGGUGGGUUACGUGGAGGAAUAGGAAUUUGCCUGUCAUUGCAAGUCUAUGAGGACACUUUUUUCUGCGAUGAUACAAAAUUAGGACCAAAGAUUCUCUUUCAUACGGCUGGCAUCGUGUUGCUUACUUUACUGAUCAACGGGACAACAACCAAGAAACUGCUCGAGUUGUUGGGACUUACGGCAAUCACUCCUGGACAAAUUGAAGAGAUGCAACUUGCCGUUAAGCAUUUGGGGGACACGCAGAAAAAGGGCGUGGCAAUGUUGAAGCAUGACCGAUAUCUUACAGAUGCCAAUUGGGAUUACGUUUACACUUUCACGGCGAUGAGCGAUCCCUACAAAGAUGCCAUCGUUAAAUCCAGAAAACCAAGGCCGGAAACGUCAAUCCUGUCCUUUCACGACGAUACACAGCAGCAUCCGUGCCCCCAAUGUAACAGUUUAGUGGAAAAUGAACCAAGCAAUGAGGAGUACAGGGUCAUGACGGAGGAAGCACGGCUUAGAGUUUUGAAGGCUUUAAAAAUCUCAUAUUGGAGGCAAUUCGAACAAGGCGUAUUGACUGAGGAGGCUGUGAAAAUCUUGGUGGCAGUGUCCGAUUCAUUCACCGACGUCGAGUUGUCCAUGAUUCACACCAAAGAUAUCCAAAAAUAUUGGCAAGUUCACGGCUUUGCUUCCAUGCUCCGAGCAAAAAUGAUUGUUCAAUUUGGCCCGUCUGGAAAGUUUUUGGAUAAGACGCACGCAAAACCAGCAAAUAAAUUCCGUGUCCCUUUUUGGUGGAUUGUUUCUCGGAAUUGGUUUGACGCUCUGAUGACGGUUGUUGUACUUUUAAAUAUGAUCCCAGCCAUUUGGGAAUUUGUCAUCGACAUCAGUGCAGAUGAUUCUCAUUGCGACGCAGGACGCAGUGUGUUUUUCAUUCUGAACGUUGUAUUUACGUGCAUUUACAGUAUCGAAUUUAUCUUCAAGAUACUUGGUUUUGGGUGCAAAGAAUACUGGUUGAGCAAAUGGAACGGUAUCGAUUUUCUAGUUCUACUCGUCGGAGUCUUGGAUUUUAUCCUGAGCUUGUACCGUUGUAGUAAAAAGUCAAAGAAUAGUGGAUUUACAAAAAUUUUGAAGGGAUUAAGACUAUUUCGUAUUAUUCGAAGUGUUCGGCUAAUCAAGCCCUUGAUUCCAGCAAUCAUUAUAUUCUUGAAUGGACGCGUCAAUCGUGAAAUGUUUUUUGGCUAUGAUGUCGCAGUCGGAUAUCUCACAGCUAUUGAUGACGUGCUCAAGUACAUUAAUCAAAUGAUUGAAAAUGCCCAUGUCUCCAAAAAAUUGAAGGGUCACUUGGAACGAGAACGACAAGAGACGCUGAAAGAGAUUGGUCUCAUUCAACGAGACCAUCCUGGAAUUGCUAUUGCCGUGAAGACUCGGCAUGCAAGCCGAAAUGCUCUAAAUCAAAUGCGGAAUUCCUUAAAUGACCUUCGGAUGGAUGGAUUGCUCGAUGAAAAAGAGAACAUGUUGCUCACUAUUGAAAUUGAAGAACGGAUGAAGCGUCUAUGGUCCUCGCCAAACUAUAUUGCACCCUCCUCACCGGAAGUACUCUUACAAAACUUGUCUUGGGUUUAUGGGAACAAUGAUCUCAAGGAUUUCGUUUUUAGCAAUGCGGAAAUCGUGACGUUCAGCAACGGGGACAUUGUCGCAUCUGCUGGAGACGAACCAAAUGGGAUUUACGUAAUAAUUUCAGGCAUGGUGAGAAUCACCUUUGUUCCUACUAGGGCUGUGAUGAGGGACCGCGUCGAAUACGGUUCAAUUCCAAACGUGGAAAUAUUUCGUGACUUUGAUUUUGAUAAACAAGCCGAAGAUUUUUUCACCUCUGGUACCGUCAUUGGAGAAUCCGGUCUUUUGACGCGACGACCCCGAAGUGGGACCGUGAUCUGUGAGUCGGAUGAGCUGAAGGCGUACUACAUCCCGAUGUCCAUCAUGGACCAAGCAAUGGCCAAGUUUAAUGAUCCAUACGACAGUCUUGAAGCUCGAUUGUGGAGAUCGUGCGGAAUUCGGAGAGGAUCAACUUUCUUGCCUACGACAAACUUUUACCAGGCAACUUUCCCUUAUUUGUAUUUUGCGAUACUCAAUCUCAAUUAGUUUUUAUUUUCAUAGUCGUGGCCCAG